AUGGCGAGCAGGACACCUCUUAGUGAGACAACUCACCCUGUCAGCAGCAAGUCUGACCUGCGGCUCCUUCUGCUGGGUCCCAGAAAUGUGGGCAAGAGUACCCUUGGCAACCGUAUCCUGGGAGGCGCUGAGUUCGACACCUCGGUCACCACGGCCGUGUGUGAGAAGAGGGACGGGAUGGUAGCAGGCAGACAGGUCACGGUGGUGGACACCCCCGGCUGGCUGGUGCCGCUGACCCCUGACGUCUCCCCGGAGCUGUUGAAGCGGGAGGUGGUGUACAGCGCCUGCCUGUGUCCGCCCGGCCCCCACUGUGCUCUCCUGGUGCUGUGGACCGACAUGCUGUUCAGCGUGGAGGUCGUGGGCUCCAUCCUGCAACACCUGGACCUGCUCAGCGAAAGCCUGUUCGAGCACCUCCUGGUGGUGUUCAGCAGGGGGGAGCAGCUGGGGGGCAGGAGCAUCGAGGAGCAUGUGGAGGAGUCAGGGGAGGUGCUGCAGUUCCUCCUGGAGGAGUGCAGUCACAGGUACCAUGUGGUGAGCAGUGCGGACAGCCAGGGUGCGGAGAUCCCUGAACUGCUGCGGAAGAUAGACGCAAUGGUGAGGGGACACGGGGGCCAACAUUAUGAGAUGGACCCAGAGAUACAGCACGCGGUUGCAGAGAGGAGGAAAGGAGAAGAGGAGAACGCUAAAGCAAGAGCAAUGACGGUGCAGAAACAGAGAGAGACGCUGAGAUCACAGAUUGGGUAA